AACCGGGGCUCUCUGGCGUCCCAAGCCAGCUCUUAACCAAUGCGCCACUUGGCCGGCCCUGGAGGCAUUUCUUUAUUGUUGUCUUGGGGCUCUGCAGGACUGUAGUAAGAAGCCCAUACCUAAUUCCCUCGUCAACUUGGAAUUUUCAGAGUAAAAGCCAGAAUUCAAUCUUUCCCUUUUCUGCGGCCCCUCAGUGGCUCAAUAUGCUGAACUAUGAAGGUCCACAAGAUGGUCAAGGGCCCAAAAGUUAAAAGAGCUUUGCUUCCGACCCUUAGAGUCUGGCAAGCUCGUGGCCCAUAGCCCUGAGAGAUGGGUGUGUGCCCAACCAAAUACUGGUCACACCAGCUAAAGCCUCCACCCAAAAAAAGAAAAAAGAAAAAUCAUUAAUUUUCCGUGAUAAAUACUGGCCUCCAUAGCUCUUAACAAGACUGUUUAAGCUGAAACUAAUUCUAAAAAAUGUGUAUUUCAUAAUAAUAAUAAAAAAAGACUGUUUAUAACCCAAAACCAAUGAAUUGACAUUUAAUUGACAAAUGAUCGUGGUCAAAUAUUACUUCAUCUGAGGUGCAGUAUUUUUUCCCAGGGGCCGAGUUCCUGUGCAUGCUGGGUCUGGGAAAGCCCCAAGCCAUCACUUUAGGUCUGGCCAAGCCUCCCAGGCUUCUUCAGAUGGCCAGAUGUGCAGGUGGGUGGGUUUCCUUCAACUCGGGGAUUACCGAAAAAGAAGACCUUUCCACCAGGCAGGCAGGCCAGGGCCUGGAGCAGGGAGGCAGAGAUUUCUGUCUGGCCCCUGGGCCCUGCUUCUCAUUCCGGUUUCUCCUGACCCAUUCUUGGGUGAGUGUCAGUGUUCUAGAAAGGAGAGAGAAGGCCAGGUUCUAGAAUGGUUUUCCUUUGAGAUCACAUCUGUCACAUUAGAAGGGCAUCUUGUACAUUAGCUGGGAAUCAAUUGCCUUGCCUUUGGCUGCUUCCCCUGCAGAUGGUUGCUUUUCUUGGCAGCUUGAUCCUGUCCUCAUCUAGAUGCCUCCUCUGGCAGUGAUUCUAGAAGCCCCAUACGCCUUCAGCGCCUUGGUUUUCCCCCACCCGCUCUGACCCUUCCCUCUUGCACGCAUGAACCUCGCCCACACCACCGUGCUCCUGUGGGUGUGGGGGGGUCUCCAGGCCUUUGAAAUUGUGGAGAAGGAGAAUAUUUUUCAGAGGACCCCUUGCCCGGCUUUUCUGAUAUUCGACAAUGCAGCCUACCUGGCCGACAUGAGCUUCGAGCUGCCCUGCCACUGCAAGCCCGAGGAAGUGUCUGCUGUAGUCUGGUACUAUCAAAAGCAUCUCGGUAGCAGCCACACCAAAGUGCUGACGGACUUUGACGGGCGGGUGCUGACCGAGGCAGCCCAGGUACGUGUGGGCAGUGACAUGCUGGUCCGCUUCAGCAUUCGCAUGUUCAGCCUAUUGGUUUUCCGGGCUCAGCCCGAGGACUCAGGCUUGUAUUUCUGUGGCACCCGCAAGGGGGACUACUUCUAUGCCUAUGAUGUGGACAUCCAGAGCAGUGAGGUAAUGGUGGCCACCUUCAAGGACCAGGGCCAGGAACCCUUUGCAGACGACUACUAUGGGAGCCUCCAUGUCUUCACCACCUUCUGGGAGUGGACCCCCUGUGACCGCUGUGGGGUGCGCGGGGAGCAGUGGCGCAUUGGCCUCUGCUACCUGCAGAGCCCAGACCUCUCUCCACGCUACCGCAAAACACUGCCGGACGUGGUGUCCUGCGGUUCACAGGCUGUGCCUAGAAAGCUUCGGGCCAAGGCCAGGGACCACACACCCGAGCUGCUGGUUCAGAGCUGCAUGGUGCCCUGUAGGAAGACGACGAUGACCCGGGAGGGUGUGAUGGCCAUCUUCAACUAUGUAUCCAAAGUGGGCAGCCGGCCCUGGGUGCCCCAGGUGCCCAUUCAGUUCCAUCAGCAGAGGCUGGGCCACGGACUCAUCAUCUCCUGUCCCGGGGCCCGGCCGGAACACGCUGUGGCCUGGGACAAGGACCACCAGUACCUCUACCGCACACAGUACCUGAAGGGCGUCAACAGGUCCAUGAGGGUGUUCAUCGACCACGGCAACCAUCUCCACAUCCGCUUCACCCAGCUGGACGACCGUGGCAUCUACUAUUGCUGGCGGCAGGGGGUGCGGGUUGCCGGGUUCCGACUGGGUGUGACAUCUCGAGGGCGCUACAAGGCCUCAUUCUCAGACCCCGAGACUCGCUCUGCCGUGGAGCUCACCCUGCUAGGGUACCUGCUCAUCACGGCAGUCUUUGCCACCAUUCACCUCUGUCGUUGCUGCUGUUACUUAUUGCGCUGUUGUCCCGACUUCUCCCCCUAGGUGCUUUCUUCCCCAGCUCUGAAGACCAGCUGUGCUCAAAUGUGCUUGUUAAAUGAUACCAGAUGCCUCUGGGUGGGCAUCCUGGACUGGGACAUGUGGCAAGGGGGUACGGACAAAUGUGUUAGUUACAACCUGCUCCCCGUUUUCAUGGGCACAUCCGGAACCUGAUCUGGGAAGUGGGGAAGCCUGAGGCAGGUGGGGGGAGGUGGGGGACUGAGGCCAGAAUGGAGGUAGCCCAGGUCCGCAUGUCCUCUGACUUCACAAUCAGAUCAGAGAAGGAAGAUGGGAGCCUGAUAUUUAUCAAAUGGCCUAAUUGGUGUUGAACAGUGUUUGAGGUGUGGUUUAUGUUCUUGCCUUCGAGGAUUGCCAAGUGCGUGCUGGUUGAAUUGGGGGUAGCAGGGAAAGGAAGGAAGAAAAAAAUGGGGCGGGGCUCACAUAUGUCCUCUCCGCCUUCCUCCCCAGCCCAGUCCUGGGACUGGCGGCCAGCAGAAAUAGCGGGUUUGGGAACAAAGAUAAAGAGCAGAACAGGGGAAAUGGGUGAAGAAAAUAGAGGUCAAAUUCAGGGCUUUCCUGAGAGACUGCUCCCAGGCUGGGGGCUGGGCAUUAGAAGAGGGGCUGGAGCAAAGCUGGGGUGGGGUGGGGGGACCAGGGCGGCUGUGGCAGAGCAGGGUUGGAGGUGGGAUUGGUCAUGUGGCUGCUCCUGUGGUGGUUUGGGCUCCCGAGAUGAUCAGUGAUAUCAGCAAGUUGGGUCUUGUCCAAGGCUACUUGCUGCCCCCUUCCCCGAGCCCCAGCCUCCCCUGAAGAGAUCAGAGCCCACUCUGGGGGAAGCCACAGCAGUUGGCUUUAUUUACCUCAGUGACUACAGGUGGCAAUGAUGCCCUGAAGGUUAGCAGCAGUGGGUGGCAGGAGGAAGUCGGGGAAAGGGCACCAAGUCUUGGAAAGCCUCCCUCCCUUUGGCCUUAAAGGGGCGAGGGGGACCCUGGAGUGGGUCCUCUCAGUUCCAUUUCUGGGCACAGAUAAUCCUGUGCCCCCCACAGUCUUCCCAUAGAAAGCAAAGCAGAUGCCCUGGGUGAAAGUGUCUGUCCCCAGCUGCCUUGCCUCCAGGCCUGAGGAACACAAACCAAGGUCUUCUCUCUGCUCAUGCCUCAAUUUCCCGAAUUAUAAAAUAGGGUACUACCUAAAAUACUGGGGUACAUUUUGUAUUUGAGUAGAAGGGGCCCUUGGCUUAGGGAAAAGCAGCAGGUCACUGUGGGGUGGAAAGGGUCAGCUAUUUUGCGGUGGCUUCACCCAGCAGUAUUUGCUGGAGUUGAGAGGCAGCAGCUGCAUGGGCUUGGAGGCCUAAGGCGACAGGAAUUAUGCAGCAAAGAAGGAACCUUUAGAACUGGGGCAAAGUGUGCCCUACCCCUGUGGACUGUAGCCCCUUUCUCUCCUGUUUCAGUAUCUUCAAAGGAUGAGUCACUUCCUUGAUUCCCGCGACCCAGAGGCCAAGUGUACCUGGUCACCCACACCCCCAGCCCUGAUACGUAGCAUCAUCCCACUGCCUCCUCCACAAUCGCUAUCUGCCCCCCACCAGCCUAUAUGGGGGGGAGGUCCUCCUGGGCUUGACCUCUCUGUACUGACACCUAGGGGCCAGGCAGCCCCCUCUACUCCCUCCCAGCACCAUUUCCCUCUCCACUUACACUAAGAUCCCCUAAGUGCUGGGAAUCGAGCCCCCACUUGCCCACAGCAUGUCCACAUGGCAGCUCAGUGGGCCUAAGACAUUGAGCCAUCACUCAUAAGGCCCCUCUGGAAUCUGGGCAGGCCAGGAUUUCUGUCCGCUGACAAUCCUGUCCGGUGGCAGGAUACCCCCGCCUACUCUCCGGCUGGCCAGGGUCCAUCUAGAACAGCGGUUCUCAACCUGUGGGUCGCGACCCCUUUGGGGGUCGAAUGACCCUUUCACAGGGGUCGCCGGGU